GUUCAGUAGACAGGUCGAUCAAUCCGUGCGCAAAAACAGGAAGAUCCCACAUUCGACUAGGCGUGAGCUGUAUACCUUUUGUGCCGUCUUGUUAGUCACCUCUCGGGUUAUUUGACAUAACUAGUGCAUUUAUCCCGUAAUCGGAAACUACAAAGAGCCCUAAGUAUCUUCUCUAAAUUGAGUGCACCAUAAUGGGCCGUGACGAAGGCCGCAACGAGAAGCGUCGGUACAUGAUGCCGUUCAUUGCUUGUUUCCAUUUGCAGAGAUCGGCGGGAACGAUCUCGGGACAGAUCUCGCGAAAGACGAAGGGACCGCUCCCGAUCUCGGGUGAGAUCACGUGACCGAAUGUCGGGUUUUCGCAACCGAAGCCGUAGUAGGGAUCAUCGUCACGGUACCAAUGACUCUAACAGACGCGACUAUUGUCGCGAUGAUCGUCGAGGCCGUGACCGAGCUCCUAGUGACCGCAGCGACCGUCGUGGAGAACGUCGAAGGUCAACCGAAAGAAAGAAGGCUGACUCGCCAGAGCUUCCUCGGGCUAACAAAUUCUUCGACCGGGCACGGAAAUUAGGCAUUGUUCCAGACACAACCCACAUCACUACGCCCGCGUCAUCAUCCUCGUCAGAUGCCGAACAAACUACCAGCGCACAGCCAUCGACUGCUGUCGCUGCGAGUCUUGCCGCAGCCCGUGCUCUCGCAUUAUCCGCUUCACUAACUCAGGCAGGAGUGAAUCGCAAUCAGACCUUACCUUUAGGUCUUCCUUUGGGAGCAAGUGGCAUCGGGUCCGGCGGUGUAGCCAUUCCCAGCCCGAACCCGGACGUACCCUCGUAUUACAACCCAGCGAAUGUGAAUACGCAGCGAAUUGCCGAUCAGAUUAAGAAACGGAAAAUGCUGUGGACGAGACCUGGCUCGGAAGAAGGAAAGAAAGAAGAGAACUCGGCCGGCGAGCAACAUAGCGAUCAAAGCCAAGCUCCUGGCUCAUCCACAGUAAAGCAUUGGGCAAAGGCUACAUUUAAAGGUGACGAUGGCAAGAUGACUGCUAAGUUCCGUAAGUUGAUGGGGAUUAAAGACGACGAUCUGAAGGAUACACCGCUGAAGGAUUCAUCAAAAGUUCUCGACGAGCAGGACCAGCUUUUCAAACACCUUGAUCAACAGUAUCAGGCAGCUAGAGCUACAACUCACACUCAGCGAGGCAUGGGCCUGGGGUGGGGUCACUGAAGUGAAGAGUGGGCAUCUACGUUUUCUCGUUUCCGAGUAAUUUACGGAAAUGGAUAGAGGAAAAAGCUUGUGCUAAUGAUCGGCGGUAUUUAUCAACUCUGCGGCCAUCUUCGAUCUCAAGCAUGAAACGAACCUCGAGGAGAAUGCCCUUUAUGGAAGGCAAUGUCUUCGUUUGGAAGGCCUCCUGAAAUUCUCUUGGAGACUUGGAGCUCGUUCUCCUUCAGUGCGGGUCUCCAGCAGAUUUAAUUGGCUUUAAAGGGGGCUUGUUUUAUUUCUAUUGUUUUAGACCUAUAUAUUUGUUUAGAAUCUUUUUAGUCAUCUGAAAUGUUUUUUUUCGCAGAACUAGGUCGUUCAAGGCCUUUUAUUGUCAGAUUACUUUAAAUCGUCAAAAAGUAGGAACGGACUUAGGCCAUUAUUUUUUUGGUGAAGAAAUAGCAGUAGAACCAUUGGUUGAAAGAUUUAAAGGUGCAUGCUAUUAAUUGCACAAUCGAGUGAAUUGGCAAGUGCAUUGUUCCUAUUAUAUGUCAGUGUUACCUUAUGAUGGUGGCAUCACACAUUCGUGCCCAUUUGCGAAGACUGUAACUCCCAGAAUGACGCUACAAUUUACUGAGCGUUUACGUUGACUAUAUGCAACCGAACAAUUUAACGGUGAUUGCUGCUUGCAAUUCUACGAGAAAGAUGGUAUUCCUGGCCCAAAAUAUCCAAAGUUGAAGUUGAUUUGGGUCUCCAUUACUCGGCGACAGUUGGGACAUCGGCAGUUUAGAAUUGCACCGAUCUUGUUGGUAUUCAUAUGUCAAGCUGGGAUUUUUUAGUUAACCAAAGUCAUUGCUAACAAAGACUUUGUGUAUAUAAUUAUCUGUACUAUUUACUGCUAACAUGAUUGCUUAUUGUCUAAUGUACAUACAUAAUGUCUAGACUACAAUAUAAAAUAAGCUAGAAACAAAAGAAUGUCUUUCUUUUUUAGUUAGCUACCGUCGUGGGUUUGUGAAAACCAAUCUAUAAGAGUAUCUGCUUGUAUA